UAGGCGCCCUAGGGAUUGGCAGGACCCCGACCCCAAGAUGGCGGCGCCCAGUGAAGUGGACGCACCUGCCUCCGGCGAAGGCAGUGGCGAGGGCAGCUGUUUCGGAUCCUGGCUGGAUGGACGGUUGGAGGCGCUGGGAGCGGACCGAGCUGUUUACGGCGCCUACAUCCUGGGUGUCCUGCAGGAGGAGGAGGAGGAAGAGAAGCUGGACGCUCUGCAGGGCAUUCUCUCUGCUUUCCUGGAAGAAGAUUCCCUUCUUAACAUAUGCAAGGAGAUUGUGGAACGAUGGUCAGAAACUCAGAAAGUUGUCACCAAAGUGAAAAAAGAAGAUGAGGUACAGGCCAUUGCUACCCUAAUUGAGAAACAGGCGCAGAUUGUGGUGAAGCCCAGGAUGGUGUCAGAAGAGGAGAAGCAGAGAAAAGCUGCCCUCCUGGCCCAGUAUGCUGAUGUGACAGAUGAAGAAGACGAAGCAGAUGAGAAGGAUGAUUCAAGUGCCACCACAAUGAACAUUGGUUCUGAUAAAUGUAUCCUUCUCUGUGUCCAUCCCCAUGUGCUUCUCCACAGAAUCCUCUUGAGGUUCUGUUCCGAAAUACCAAUGUGGAAGAUGUCCUCAAUGCCCGAAAACUGGAGCGAGACUCGCUUCGAGAUGAGUCCCAGAGGAAGAAGGAACAGGACAAGCUGCAGAGGGAAAAGGACAAAUUGGCCAAGCAGGAGCGCAAGGACAAGGAAAAGAAAAGGACACAAAAAGGGGAGCGAAAGCGAUAACCUUGGUCAACUCUCUUCUUUCUCCUCGUGAACGGAUCAAAGGGAGAACUGGUUGUGCACAUGCGUAAUUUAAGAGAAAUGAGAGAACGUUGCAGAGUGGUUUCUCACGGCAUUUCCCCUUUCGUUUACAUGGUCAAAAGGAAAGUCACAAACACUUCUAAUUACAAAAUGUGCCAUGUUUCUGUGGUGGGUAUUCCGAUUGUUGUAGUUACCAGUACCAAAGAUCUGGAGUGGGGGCAACCUUUCUAUUUUAGCACCGAAGUGCUGUGCUCCUUUUGGCCACUUUCAAAAGUCUUCCCUCACCUUAGAUAAACUAGCAGGAGUAUUCAGAAAGUUGACAGUUACAGUUUUUAUCCUGAAGGAGCAGAAUCAUGACCACUCCUUCCCUGAGAUGAAAUGUGGGAGUAUAAAUUGCUUCAGAAGUACUAUUCACUCCUAAAUGUAUUGUUUUAAGAUUCAAAUAGAAAGCUAAUGAAGACUCAGACUUUAUGUUGCAUGGCAACAAACUAGGAAAAUGAGAAGAAAUUAUUUGAUGGAUGUUCUAGAUUUGAGAAUUAAAAAAAAAAAGUACCCUAUGGGAGGAAAGGAAGUAUCUUUUUAAAGUAAUAAUAGUUAUAAUUUUCCUCUAGGAUGUGAUUUUAAGAAGGGUGUGUCAGUAUUGUGUGCAACGAUAUCAUUGUUAGCUAGGUUCCUCUUGAUUGCUAGUAGAGAUUUUAGUCCUGAUUUGCCCUAAAACACGUAUAAAGACCUGAGAAUUACAGGUUUAGAGGAACUGCCUUUUCAGGAAGAAACACUGGAAAUCUCUGUUAACACAAAGAUAUUUAAGAGUGUACAUAGUAGGUGCUCAACAAAUUAAUUGAGUGAGUGAGUGAGUGGGAAAAUUGCUUGGGAGAGUCAAAAGUGAGCAGGAACUCUCCAUUUCUACUUUUGUCACAAAUUACAUUCAAUUUGAAAUCAGGCCUUUCUCCUUCAGGCAAGACUGUCAAGAAGUCUGAAGAGAGCAAUUUCCCCAACAAAACAAAGAUAUUUUAUACCAGGGGUCAGCAAAUUACUGCCUGCAAGACAAAUUUGGCCUAGUCUGUUUUUGUAUGGUGCAAGCUAACAAUGGAUUUUAUGUUUUUAAAGGGGUGAUAAAGAAUGUAUGACAGAGACCUUUUGUGGCUUGUAAAGCCUAAAAUAUUUGCUAUCUGAACCUUUGGAGAAAAAGUUUGCUGACCUCUGUUUUAUACCAUUGAGAUUAACAAAAGUUUUUACCUUUGUGCAGAAGGUAAAAAGCAUGGUUAAGGAAAAGAUGUAUUACCACUAUACACUCCUAUAACCGUGGCAUCCGCAAAAUUAAAUAACCUUUUUAAAAAAUAAACUUUAUUUAAAUCAGUGU